GUGCCCCUUCAAUAUUGGCAAUGACAGCUGCUGCCUCGUCGGGGCUCCGUGCAUCCUCUUCUCAAAGUACGGGUUGAAACAGGGCUUCAAGAACGUGGUGCUCAAAAAGGUUCAUGAUGUGGCCACGAAGUUCAUGGAUGAGACCCCGGUCUGUGUGCAUGAGAAUGUGCCAGGAUAUGAACAGGUGGGGAAAAGCAGUG